AUGCGUAAGGCCCUCAGGACAGCUCUUCUUAGCCCCAUCAUCGUGUCCUUCCUUGCGAUUUUUUGGAAGCUCUUCAAAUCCUCCAACGUGACGAAACUGCAGGCAGUUGCUGAGCCUGAAGUGAAGACAGACGUGCUAUACCUGCCAGAAAUGUCGGUUGCAUCCGUGUCCAGACAUGUUUUCAAGAAGGUGUUGGCCGUGGAGACACCUGAGGGUGAAGGAGCCCUCGUGCGACGUUCUAUCGGGUCGAUGAAGCUGAGAAACCUCACCCCCUUCCUCAUACUGGAUCAUUUCAGUAUAUCCCAAGGAGCUGGUUUUCCAGACCACCCGCAUCGCGGUCAGGCAACAGUGACAUACAUGCUUGAAGGCUCGAGUCGGCAUGAGGAUUCUGCUGGCCACAAGGGCACAAUCAAGACUGGUGGCGUUCAAUGGAUGUGCGCAGGUCGAGGAAUUAUGCAUGCCGAAAUGCCUGUACACAGUCCUGGUCAACCUGAUCCGCGCGGUCUCCAGCUAUGGGUCGACCUCCCAAAGCAAUACAAGAUGGUCGAACCUUCGUACCAGGAGCUGGAACCUGAUAAGAUUCCGACCGCUUACCCAGAAGGCACAGACGGGCCUGUAAAAAUCAAGGUCAUCAGUGGUAAGAGCCAUGGCGUUGAGUCGCCCGUACGACCCCUCGGAGGGUGCUGGUACUUCCAUCUCAUUUUCGACAAGAAGUCGUCCAUUUUCCAGAGCAUCCCGGCUGGGUGGACGGCUUUCAUCUACACUUUUAAGGGUUCCCUGAGUGUUGGCCCUGAUCCAGAGGCGCACGAAGCAUUCCACACGCUCGUUCUUUCGGCAGAAAGCGAGGAGACUGGUGUCCAAGUCACCGCGGCAGAAGAUAACACCGAGGCGGUUCUCAUCGCCGGAGAACCCCUCGACCAGACUGUCUUCCAAUACGGUCCAUUUGUGAUGACGAAUGAGGAGGAGAUCCGGUCGACUCUGCUCGAUUAUCGGAUGGGAAAGAACGGAUUCGAGAAGGCGCAUACAUGGAAGAGCAAGAUUGGCGGACGCCGGUGA